AUGUUUUCUGUUGAGAAACAAAUUCGUGUGAGCCAGGAACAGUCACAGAACAUCAAGGAAUACUUUGAGAGUUGGGACAUUUCUGAAGAAAAUGCGAAAACUAAGAAAUCUGAAAUUAAUUUAACGGAACAAGUAGCAAACGCAUCUCAGGAAUCACUGAAUGAUCCAACACGAAGAUUGACAAGAAUCCUACCAGUCUCCCAUGUUUUCAUUGUUUCUGCAUAUUAUUAUCCGACUUCAAAAUCAUUGGGGGAGAACGCCAUUGCUCUGAAUAUGAUGGUUGAUUCAAAGAACUUUAAUCUCAAAAAUUCAACAUUCAAUGUGUUAGGACUAAAUGAAACUCACCGAGAGAUAACAGUUGCUACUUCACAAAUUGAGGGUGUUCCACUUUGUCGUUAUGCUCCGACAAUGGCCAGAACGAAUACAGUUUCGAAUUUGAAAAGAUUGGGAAUGGAGUCUGGAGGAGUCAAAGUUGAGAUUCCUUUCAAAAUGGCUCGCUACACAGCCCCGAAGCCAGUAAUCAUUUGUAUUUCUCCACAAUUUGUUGCAGAACAAUGGCAAUUAUUUGUGAUGCAAGUGCACAUCUCGAAUCGAUUUGGUGGACAUCUUCACAUUUAUCUCACUUCGAUUCUGGAGUCAUACUUUGAUUUAAUGAGAGAAUACGAGAGACAGGAAUAUAUUACUCUCGAUUACUGGGUUCGAAUGAAGUUUAAACACUCGGAUACUCCAUAUUUCGAGCCUAAUGCUGAUGCAGAAUGGAGAAAUCAGGCAGGAGCACAGACGGAUUGUCUUCUUCAAUAUAAGGAAGCAGCUGAAUACAUUGCAUUCUUUGAUAUGGAUGAUGUGUUGUUUUUGAAAGAUUAUUCGAGUUAUCUGGAGGCGUUUAAUGCUGAAUGGGCGUUGCAGCCAAACUCUUCGUCAAUUGUUUAUGGAAGAAGAGAACAUGAGUUUGUGAAAGCUGAAACCCUUUCUGAAUUCAACUUUCCCGAUCUUCUUGAAAGUCUUCGAUCAUCUGAUGAAAUGGGUACUGGAAAGGUCGUGGUGAGACCAGACCGAUAUAACUCAACUUGGAUUCACUACAGCAAAAACGAAGACCUAACAACUAGACAUUUUGUGGGGAAUGUGACAAUGAUUCAUGUUCAACGGCCACUUCAGAAGAAUGGGGACAACGAAAUGACAAAGUUAUGGAGAAUGGAUUUCAAUUUGACAGCAGAAACGUAUAAUUCUGAAGAUAUUCAAGCAAUAGAAAACGAUAUAAAAAGAAUGAAACAAUUGCCAAACAUCAUAAGAAUCGGUUCGAAACUUCCCAGAGAAGAUUACUAUCUUCCAAUUGUAUUCAAGUGUUAUUAUGAUAUUUUCUACGGUCCAUUCAAUGUUGAACAUACGAAAAGAACUCAAUGUCCAAAUGCUGAGAUGUGUGAAAUGCCACAAAGAGAAGAGUACAAAUGCAUUCAUUCGGAUGCUGAAUAUUACUCGGGUCCUCGAAUGGAACCGUUUACUUUUCAUUUCUCGACAAGUCCAUUCUGGUCGAAGGAAAUUGGAUGCUAUCAAUAA